AUGGAGGCCUCACGAGGACCCCCGAGGGUCAAGAACAAGGCCGCUGCGCCUGUGCAAAUCUCUGCAGAGCAGCUGCUUCGCGAAGCAGUCGACAGACAAGAGACUGCACUUCAAGCGCCAACCCAGCGCUUCGCUGACUUGGAAGAACUACAUGAAUACCAGGGACGUAAGCGAAAGGAAUUUGAAGACUAUGUGCGGCGCAACCGGAUUAAUAUGAACAACUGGAUGCGCUAUGCGCAAUGGGAGUUGGAACAAAAAGAGUUCCGCAGAGCGCGCUCCAUUUUCGAACGGGCGUUGGAUGUGGAUUCGACUUCGGUGGUCUUAUGGAUUCGAUACAUCGAGGCAGAGAUGAAAAGUAGAAACAUCAAUCACUCUCGAAACUUGCUUGAUCGGGCUGUGACGAUUUUACCACGAGUAGAUAAACUGUGGUAUAAGUACGUCUAUAUGGAGGAGACAUUGGGCAACAUUCCUGGUACACGCCAGGUGUUUGAGCGUUGGAUGUCGUGGGAGCCUGAUGAGGGCGCGUGGAGCGCGUAUAUCAAACUCGAGAAACGAUAUAACGAAUUCGACCGUGCCAGGGCCAUCUUCCAACGCUUCACAAUUGUCCACCCGGAGCCACGAAACUGGAUCAAGUGGGCCCGGUUCGAGGAGGAGUUUGGAACAAGUGAUCUGGUACGAGAAGUCUAUGGACUUGCGAUUGAAACCCUGGGGGACGACUUCAUGGAUGAGAAGAUUUUCAUUACGUACGCCAAGUAUGAAGCAAAGCUCAAAGAAUAUGAACGGGCUCGUGCGAUUUACAAAUUUGCCCUUGAUCGACUACCUCGUUCUAAAUCGGUGACCUUACACCAGGCUUACACGACAUUUGAGAAACAAUUCGGUGAUCGGGAGGGAGUUGAAGAUGUUAUCCUUGCCAAACGCCGAGUUCAAUACGAAGAGCAGGUCAAGGAAAACCCUCGGAAUUACGAUGUGUGGUUUGACUUUGCCCGACUUGAAGAGACAUCCGGUGAUGCAGAGCGCAUUCGCGAUGUCUAUGAGCGAGCUAUUGCCCAGAUACCACCUUCACAAGAGAAACGCCAUUGGCGAAGAUACAUCUACCUCUGGAUCUUUUACGCAUUAUGGGAAGAGAUGGAAGCGAAGGACGUUGAACGAGCGCGACAGAUCUACCAGGAAUGUCUCAAACUCAUUCCACACAAGAAAUUUACUUUCUCUAAAAUUUGGCUCAUGAAAGCCCAAUUUGAAAUUCGACAGAUGGAAUUACAAGCCGCGCGGAAAACCUUGGGUCAAGCGAUCGGCAUGUGCCCAAAGGACAAAUUGUUCAGAGGGUAUAUCGAUUUGGAACGACAGCUUUUUGAGUUCAACCGGUGCCGUACACUCUACGAGAAGCACAUCGAGUGGAACCCAGCAAAUAGCCAGGCGUGGAUUAAGUUUGCCGAAUUAGAGCGUGGCCUGGAGGAUUUGGAACGUGCUCGGGCGAUCUUCGAAUUGGGUAUUGAUCAAGCGUUACUGGAUAUGCCGGAACUUGUGUGGAAAGCAUAUAUCGAUUUCGAGGAGUACGAAGGAGAGUAUGACCGCACUCGAGAAUUGUAUGAACGGUUACUUCAGAAAACGGAUCACGUUAAAGUCUGGAUCAACUAUGCUCGUUUUGAGAUUAAUAUUCCGGAAGGCGAAGAGGAAGAGGAGGAGGAUGAGGAACGACCGGUUAGCGAAGAAGCAAAGAGGCGGGCGCGCAAGAUCUUUGAGCGGGCCAACAAGGUUAUGAAGGAGAAGGAUCUGAAGGAGGAGCGUGUGGAUUUGUUGAAUGCAUGGAAGGCAUUCGAAGAGACACACGGAUCUGCAGAGGACCUUGCGGCCAUUGAAAAACAGAUGCCUCGCCGAGUCAAGAAGCGUCGCAAGUUGGACGAUGACCGCUACGAAGAGUACAUGGAUUAUGUCUUCCCUGCGGACGAUGCCUCGGCAGCAAAUUUGUCCCGACUUUUGCAACGCGCACACGCAUGGAAACAACAGCAAGGGUAG